AUCACCGCCUGCGUUGCGGGGUCCCCCAAGCGUGCUGCAGCAAAGAAGACCAGCGCGAAGGGCCACCGCUUCGACGAACUGUACGCGCUGCAUGCGCGAAAGAAGCUCGACAUGGAAAGGCGCCGGAAGUACGAGGAAGAGAUGGAGCGGCAGAGACUCGAGGCUGAAGUCGCGCGCCGGCGCAUCCAGCACGGAGUCCAGCGGCGCGAUGAGAAGGCCGACGACGUGUGCACCAGGCUGUACGCGCAGCAUUUCGAGGCAGAGAUGCGGUUGAAAGAGCUGCAGGCGACCCACGACCGGGAGCAGGUCAACAAGGUGGAGGAGAGCCGGAGCAGGAGGAUCCCGAAGUCCUCCUCGACGCCGUCGCUGCGCGCGCAGGAGGCCACUGCGGAACGCCUCCAUGGACACGCCGAAAGGCGGAAGCAAUGGAUUGAGCAAGAGCUGAAGGCGAAG